AUGGACUCUUUCAAACCAGCGCCUAUUAGACGUCUCCUGAAUGAACUUCAGGAGAGCACCGCUAAAUAUCUCGCCUUAUUUUCUGCACAAGGCUUGCCGAAGCCGUCGUUUGAGAAUGCCGAAAGCAUUCCCCAAGUGCAAAGGAUCUCAAUAAAUGUACAAACCGCCAGAGACGCUGCCAUCGAAGCAGACUGUCACGUCGCAGAGCAUGAGUACAUAUGUAGACAUAAGCUCACGCAAUACGUAUUGCUCGAUAGAGAAAUAACUUUCCGCGAAAUUUCCGGUGCAGCGGGGCUACCACUUAAGGAUGUGACGCGAUUAUUUCGUCUUGCUGCUAGUAGACAGGUUUUUCGUAAGGUGUCUAAGGGAGAUAUUGAGCAUACGGCUGCAUCUGGGGAGCUGAUUAACAACCCGAAACUAGUAGAGUGGAUUAUGGACAUCGCCGACGGGAAGCGAGGAGCCGAACGAAAGCGGAUACUCGUCCAAGACAAGAAAGAGGUCAUCUAG